AUGGAGAAAGAGACGUCGGACCUGCUCAAGGCGCUCCAGAAACCGUCGACCGAUGUCCAGUCACGCCUUGCGCUGUUCAGCAGCCUGAAGUCGAGCAUCAAGCACAAUCGGGUCCCUGAAAACUGCCAGGCGCCCAUUUUCGAAUGCAUUCGCAUCGCCUGCACCGCCGCCACCUCGGCCGCCCUGGUUUCGACCGGCUUUUCGACCCUCAGCCACUUCAUCAAGCGCCUACAGCUACAGAAGGAAACGUCCAUCCUCACGUCGCAGUCGUCCGUACUAUGCGCCAUCCUCGCCGACAAGCUGGGCGACGGGCGCGAGAGCCACCGCACCGCCGCCUCGCAGAUUCUGGCCGAUCUGCACUACCUGUUCCCCAUGGAAAUUGACGCGCUGAUACACGAGGCCGUGAAGAGCACCAACCCGCGCGCCAAAGAGUCAGCCAUGCUGUGGGUGGUCAAGAUGAACCAAACCGAAGGCCUGCCCUUCAAGAGCUACUCCAACCAACUCGUGGCGAACCUCGAAGACGCAGAUGCCGGCGUGCGCGAUGUCGCUAAGAAGGCCGUCGUCGAACUUUUUGGACACGCGCCUGAACACGCCAAAGCGAACCUAAAAAAGCAGCUGAUCGCGCUGAACGUCCGAAAGGCCAUCGCCACGUACAUUACAUCCCAUCUCGACAAUGCCGCCAUAUCCAAAGACGCAGAAGUCGCUCCCCCACCACCAGUGGCGCCUGUUUCGCGACCAAUCAUGUCGAAACGUGCUGAGACGUUGCAGCCAGACGUCGGCUUUGCAGACGAGCAGCCUCCUCCAGCCGAAGUCGUCGUCAUGGACCCCAUACACAUCUACACACAGCGCGAGCUAGACGAUAUUUUCCGCGACAUGGCCCCUCACUACGAGGGCAAGGAGAGUGAGGGCAAUUGGCUGGCGCGUGAUAAGAACUGCACAAAGUUACGGCGGAUUUUGAAAGGAAACGCACCGCAUGAGUUCCAUGGCGCUUUUGUUGUAGGCAUCAAGUCGCUCUUGGACGGCAUCCUGAAGGUUUCAAACUCACUGCGGACGACAAUGUCGACCAACGGUUGUCUGCUCGUCCAGGAGCUGGCCAAGACGCUCGGCUCUGCCAUUGACCCCUGGACAGAGAUCCUUUUGCAGUCAUUCAUCAAGAUGUGCGCCGCCACAAAGAACAUUGCCGCACAAAACGGAGCUGUCACCGUGGACACAAUCUUUCAAAAUGUUUCGUACAGCAGCCGUCUGCUGCAGCAUGUCGCCAUGGCCUCUCAGGACAAGAACGUGCAACCACGAACGCACUCCGCAACCUGGGCCAAGACAUUGAUCCGCAGACACACAUCGCACAUUGAGCAUUCAGGAGGCUUGGAAACGCUAGACACUUUGAUCCGGAGAGGAGUUACUGACGCUAACCCUAAAGUGCGUGAAGCUUACCGAAGCGCCUAUUGGACCUUUGCCCUGGUAUGGCCUCAAAGGGCGGAAAGGAUGUUUGACACGCUCGAUAAACGCGAAAAGACCGCUCUUGAGAAGGACCCCAAUAACCCGAAUGCAUCCAUGACUUCCUCACAAGUUAGCACGGCCUCAUUCUCCAAAUCCGUCGGUCCGGGUGCUUCGCGGAGUGCCUUGAAAGAAAAGAUUGCUGAGCAGCGAAGGGCCAAGUUGGCUGCUGCGAAAGCUGUUCCUGAACGACCCAACUCUGCCGCUGCUACUUACACUACGCCGGGUAAACCUCAACUGGCCCUGAACAAAUCUAUGGGUACGGGCUCCCUGAUGUCUGGUACCGUUCGUCGUCGGAUUCGUCCCCCUCGUCCCGAGUUGAACAGGCCGGCAACAGCCGAUCCAUAUGCAGUCCGCCGUCCGGGCAAAGUGACUCCUUCCAUGACUCCGGAAAAGACGCCAGCAACCUCAACAGUAAAGAAGUCUGGCGUGCCAAAGACCACGGCUCGACCACGGUCACAAACACAAAACAGUCCGAACGUCAGCUCUGCUCGCCCCAAGUCAAGGAUCGGUCAGCCAGUUGCACACCGCAAAUCCGCUAGUAUCAGCUCUCGACAGGAGAGUCCAGCUGUGAGCCCGGCAAAGGAAAAGGAGGAAGACCUGACAAUGGUAAAGCCAUGGGUUCGGUCGCAAAGCCAUCAUGAUCCAGGAACCAUUCCUUUCCGGCAAAGGAACGGACUCAAUGCAAGCAAUGGCAGUGCAGUUGUAGACCAUGAUACCAGCAUUUCAGGAGACGAGGACAACUUCACCAUGGUCAUUCCGACUCUCACACGACCAACCGCACAACCGACACACCGUACCCCUCCAAAACCUACUCCAUCUAGUGGGCGAUUACCCGUACCCAGCCCCCGUGCUUCACUUCUAAGAAGUCCAAAGUCCAUGAGCCACCUCGAUGGUGCUGGGUUCCGAUCUUCGACACGUAGCCCACGGAUGAAGUCCCCAGAUCGUCCGAGCACCAGGGGAACUGACGCUGGGGAUGAGGUUCAGGUGUACGAGGACCCAUUUGUCGGCGAGGAGCCCUCUCGUCUUGAGGAUGAUGCCAACAAGUCUGUUCUUGAAGAGCUUCCUAUCAACGAAAAGAGCAACGAGCGCAGGCAGAGCACUGGAAGCAUAGUGAGUGACGUAAUGAUGGGUAACGGGAGUGAGGAACGUCCACGCGGUCACUACAAGACAGGUAGCACAGGGAGUGUGCUACAUACUGAAAGCUACGACACCAACAAUGCCGAAGUGCUAAAGAACCGACAGCUGCUCGCCAGCGGCAUCAAGAAGAUUGAGGGACGAACAGUCGAAGCGCACAUGUUUCGACGCAUGCAGGACAUGGUCAAGUCGAACCAAGAGAUUUGGGGACCCAACGAUGAGAACUUUGGUCGGCUAUUAUUGGCAUGUCUCGACUUUUUGGAGGCGCCAGUGCAUGAACUAAAGGCGCCUCAAAUGAAGGCCGUCAAUCUCAAGGUACAAGCCUUGGCAACGAUCCGUGCCUUACUCUCCCUCUACCGCAAGGAAACAUCAAGGUACUUCUCGCGUGUUCUCCGCACCGUCCUCGCCACAAAAGCACAGUACGAAAAUACAUCGCACAUUGCCAUGGACCUCGAGUCAACAGCAGACGAGAUUGUAAAGUACGGCCAAACGCUCGACUGCCUCAACACAGUCCUCGCAAUGAUUGAAGACACACCCGCAUCAACACCCACCUCAUCUCCAAAUUCAAAAUCAUCCGUCUCUUCGCUUCCCGGUCACCCUUCCACCCGCACUACUACAAUGGCGCUCAGCACACUCGCCUCCCUCGUCGAAAUCAGCGGCGCUAAAAACGUCGCCCUCUCGCCGGAGCAGACUGCUCGUCUUGGUCGCUUGGCUGUUCGCUGCAUGGACGACCAGGAUGCUGAUGUACGGAAGGCGGAUAUUGAGUUUUGCGUUGCGCUGCAUGAGCGUAUCAAUGGAUCUGAUGGUGCGAAGGAGGAUGGUGGGUUUUGGAAAGCCGUGGCGGGGGCGAGGGAACAGCAUUUGAAUUUACUGACUUAUUACCUUGCGAAGAAGGCCAAGGCUUGA